AUGGCUAUAGAUAACUUGUGUCGCACCAUUACGAGAAUCGGAGUCAAGGUCAUGUCUUCGUCAAACUCCUCAGCUUCGAGAGAGGCCGGAAAGGAAAAGACUCCAGAGGCGAACAAUGCUGAUCCAAUCGACUCAGAUGGAAUCACGUACCCCGAAGGCGGGUGGGUUGCAUGGGGAGUCGUGCUGGAAAGCUCUAUUCGGCUCCAUGUCCCUCAUGAACAACAUCGGGACAUGGCAAGCCUCCUGGUACGAAAUCAGCUUAGCGACCACAGCUCAACCGCAGUAGGCUGGGUCUUUGGCAUCUACAACGGCUUGACCUUUCUUCUGGGCGUCCAAACGCGCCCGAUAUUCGACGCAAGAGGCCCAAGGCUCCUGAUAGCAUGCAGAGGAGUCCUGACAGUCCUUUACCUGAUGCUUCUGGGGGUCCUCUCCCUGGUCUUCGGCCCCGCCAUCGCCAUCGUCGCCCACUACUUCAAUAAGAGACGCGCACUCGCCACGGGGAUCGCCUCAUUCGGCGGCGCAGUUGGCGGUAUCCUCGUCCCUCUGAUGUUGCAGAGACUGUUGCAGAUGGUUGGUUGGGCCUGGACAACUCGCAUUACAGGCCUAGUCUUCAUCCUUACAUUCUCACUAGGCGUCCUGCUCACCCGGCCGCGGUUCCCCGCGAAACUACUCGCCUUUGCCAUAGUAACCCCAGAUAUAACCAUCUUCCGCCACGGGGGCAUCGUCCUUACCAGCUUGGGCGUCGUCUUCCUCGAAUGGGGCUUGUUCAUCCCCGUAGCAUAUCUAGCCUCGUUUGCGCUCGACGACGGCCUCUCGACGCGCUUCACAUACACGCUACUCGCCCUCGUGAACGCGGGGGGCGUCUUCGGCCGCUGGCCCCCGGGGUACUUUGUGGAUAGGGUGGGUGGGUUCAACGUGCUCAUCCUUACCGUGCUCGGCUGCUUCGUCACGCUGCUGUGUUUCAGGCUCCCGGUUCCGACAGCGACGUCGGGCGAGCUACCGCUUCAUUUCUCUUCGCGGUGGUGUUCAGCUUCUUUAACGGGGGGAAUCUUAGUCUUGCGCCUGUUUGCGUGGGCCAGCUAUCAUGAGUUCUGUUCUUUCUGUCUGUCUUAUGUUCUCCGGCACGGCACUGGGUGGGAGGAUUCUUGCGGCGUCUGGAAAUGA